GAGAGACUGAACUUUGACUUCCAGGUGAUUGAAGGAUUGGAGUAACAUAGAAAGCUUUUGCUCGUCUGUGUGGGUCACCGUGUAGAAAGUGUGUUGCCUUUUGAUUUAAUUCUCAAUCGGAUAAUAUAAGGUGUCGCAUACAUGCCCUAGGGAAGCGGACGCUGUAUAAACGAUUGUGUUUCUGUGGAAAAAGUGCUAUGCUGCGCAAAAAGUUUCCACUAGCAAGCGCCUGCAGCUCGUGAAGCAGAAGACUCGUGUCAAUGACUAUGGGCGAACGCCAAGACAGCCUGGAUGGAUGGGUGGCCAUCCGAGAGAACCUUUUUGAUCCUGUGGAUGUUCCCAAGCACAGCUUGUCGCGGUUCAUUGUUGCCUUCAACCGUGUGGAGUGUCAGUUCGCAGUCAGCUACUCGGAAGGCGAGCGUCAUGCUUGUGACAGGGACAACUGUGCCGCACGUGCUGUGCUACUUUCCUCGGAUGCCCUGCGUGACAUUCACAGGCAGCUCUUGCUCAUGUGCCCUGCACUUGAGAACGCUUUCCCACUGAAUGGACCACAAACAAAAGGUUCUCGGAGCUUCUUAGGGUUUUUCUCAAAGAAGAACGGGGUGCUUGAAACACUGGAUCCAUCUGUUGAAGACAAAGUGUGCAGAGAGCUGGAGUACUAUUUUAAGCAGGCACUUGACGCAACAGGGAAGAGGUUGCUCUUUGCUGUGGUGUUUGGUGAAGAAGACUACUUGACUGAUUAUGAGGAAGAUGUUCAGGAGUUGAGACUACGUGGUUUGGAGCGUACUCUGAAGCGUACCUAUGAUGACUUGGAUGAGAUACUGACUCUCCGGUCACGCUCCGAGACUAUGUUGGAGCUGUCAACGGUGUACGCUCUGGAGGACCAUGUAGUGGCCAACAUUUCCAUUGCUUUGGCUGAGCUCUAUAAUUUCCAGCUGGGGCCCUUCUUGGAACUGCGUGAGCUGGCAGCUGAGCGCAGUCGUGCAUCACGCCUUAGGGCUGAUGACGGCCGGCUUGGGCCUCGUGUCAGAGCAGAGGCAAUGAAGGAGCUCGAAGAGUGGGAAACUCGAGUGCAGUCUGCCAAUGAAGCCACUCAACACCUUUACCAGGAGUACUAUCGACACACCGUGGAGCUAGUUUCAGGUCAGAGAAGCAGGAUGCUCGAGGACCAGACAAAGUUUGGUCGGUCGACAUUUGAGCUGUACGGUAUGCAGCGCCUUCAGAAGCUGGAAGUGUUUGUGUGCCAGGAGCGGCUCAAGCUGCUGGGUGCCAUCAAGAGCACCCGAGAGCUGCAGCAUGGCAAGAUUACCCAGAUGCUGGAGCAGCAGGCCCUACGAGGUCAGUGCACAUUGUUGGAAAUGGAGGAAGAAGUGUACAGCUCUCAGUUGGGCAUAUAUGACGUGAGCUUAGAGAUGCUCAAGGAGGAAGAGGACAUGUUGCGAAGGCAGAAGGACAUCCUCGACCGUGCUUGGCAAGAGGAGCUGGAUGAGGGCAUCUUUUAUGAUGCGGUGGAGGAGCGAGACCAGUUUGAAGACGAGCUCGAGAUAGAAGGCAGCGGCCCCAUGUCAAGGCGAGACCGACUCAAGCUUCGACUCAACAGACUCUACAGGAAGCGAGCCAUCCUCAGAAACAAGCGGAAAGCCUGCAUCGCUGAACACCAAAAGAAGGUGAAGAGAAAGGAAGAAAAGAAGAAUCGCAUUAAACAGCAUCACGCUGUCCAAAUGAAACGAGAAGAAAUACACAAGGAAUUGGACAUGAAUCGUGAACGCAUUGACAGUGAGCGGAAGAAGACGCUGGAAAGGCUCAGGGAAUACAAGAAGAAAUAUCAUAAUGGCAAAAGAAGUGGCGAUGUCACGAUGUUGGAGCCCGUUGAGGAUGAACUAUCAAGGACACCAUCUCCAAGAAGCCCAAAGCCCAGCUUAAGGCUUCAGAAUGGCACUGCAGCAGUCAGAGCGAAAGCAGUAGGAAUCUCUCCGGAGAGUACCAAGGAGAAAGAGGACUUGUUGUUGCCUGUCCCGCCUCCACCACCUCCGCCUCCUGCUGUACUACAGCACCUGCCACCACCGCCUCCUCCGCCACCUCCUCCUCCGCCGCCUCCGCCACCACCAUCGAUGCCAGCCUUGAUGCCGGCUGUCCCAAACAUCAUCCCACUGACAGCACUCAAAAAGCCUGGACCGAAGCAAGAUCUACCAAAGCCCAACCAAGGUGAACCCAACAAAACCAUCAACCUAUCAGAAAUUCUUGCUGCUCGCACCAAGCUCAGGAAAGCAGAUGUUUCACCUGACACCAACAAAAAUAAAAACUCGGCCACUGGCGUUCAGUCCAAGGACUUCAAUGCAGUUCUUAAAGCAGCCCUUACAAAAAUUAACAUUGCCUCACAUGGACCUGAUAUUUCUGACCAUGAGAGUGAAAAUAGUGACUUUGAGUAACUGCUCCUUGUAAAAACCAACAAUGCUGAUGCUUGCACUUUUUAUUCCCGUCCGUGACCAGUGUUGCUUGUGAUGCUAUGCAGAAAAUUUGUUAUUUAUUUAUUGAUACUGCAAUCCCAAUAUCGGGAUUAUCGCAUGGUGGGGAAAAGAACUAAGCAGUUUCACAAGACAGGCAUAAUGUACACAAAAAGAAAUAAGGGUGCAGGUUGAAGCUCUACAGCCAGCAUUAGGAAUACAACAUUUGAACAAGAUGUCAAACAGUAGAAGUAAAAUAUACAAUAAAACAAACUGCAGUAACACACACUAGGUAAUAUGUUGUGCAAACAACAUCAGUGACGGUUGCAACACUUCAUUGUCGGUGAGGUUAUUCCAAUCAGUUAUAGUACGUGGAACGAAUGAGUACUUAAAGCAGUCAUUAUGGACGCGAAAAGGUGUUAAAGUUAGCUGAUGUCGUGGUCGAGUCGAAACGAACGAGUUGAGACGAAAAAUAACGUAAGUGCGUGAGUUCAGUCCUGUAGUGUCUUUUAAUUAAUCGGUACAUGAAUUUAAGUUGUGCAGAACGAUUUCACUUGGCUAGCGUCAGCAGGCCAGCUUUGAUUAAAAGAUGUGUUAGCGAUGUAUGUUGGUAAUUGUUAUAUAUGUAUCCAGCAGCCUGCCUUUGAACCCUCUCUACUUUGUUUAUGUUAGUUUUAGUGAAUGGGUCUGAAAUGAUAGCUGCAUAAUCUAAGGUCGGCAAAACAAUACAUUUGUAAGCAAGAAGAUGGACAGAUGGAGUGGACAACCACAAUGCCCGUGAAUGAAAAACAAUUUAUGAAAAGCUUAACGUUAUGAAAUCAAUGUCUAUUCCAGCUAAGAUUGAUAGUGAGCCAGAGGCCUAUAUAUUUAUAUGCUAUUACUUCUGUAAGUGUCACACCAUUAAUACUGUAAUAAAACGGUAAGAGAUUUUUUCUGUGAGUGAUCCCCAUUAAUACAGUUUUUUCAACGUUAAUGGACAUUUGCCAUGAUUCACACCAUGCAGAAACUUUUUGUAACAUGCUAUUUGGUAGUAGUUGAUCUGAGGCACUGUUACUUCUGUAUAAAUGACACAAUCAUCAGCAUAAAGUCUAAUUUUCGCAGGAAUGUUAGAGACAGUAUCAUUAAUAUAAAGUACAACAGAGGCCCAAGGACAGAGCCCUGAGGGACACCAGAGUGAACCGCAAGCCUGCCAGAACAAUAAUUGUUACAAACAAUGAAUUGUUCUCUGUUUAAAAGGUAGGCUGAAAUCCUCUUUACUGAUUGUUUGUUAUGAAGUAUCGUCUAAUUUAUAAAUUAACUGUUUCGUUAACUGUUUUGUUUUCAUACUCAUAAUACCUUCGGUGCUACAAUGCUCAUGCAACACACAUAAAAUGAAGGGUGAAGUAGUCGUACCUCUGCUGUCCUCCUUGCAUUAUAUUAGCCACAGCAUCCUGCGCUGCAAAGCUGUACUUGUGACACUUCACAAAGGUUCUUUUGCCCCCAAAAUGCUGCAUAGAGUGUGCAAAGCUAACUGUAAAGAUCUCCUUUUCUUUCCUUUGGGAACAAAGUUUUAAUUUUAUACUUUUGUUAGUGUGCCCAUUAAAAGUGGGCAGACCUAGAACUCCUCGAGCUUAAAGUUAUUGCAAAACAUUCUGCUUUUAAUGGCAAAAAAAAUAUUAAAUAAAUAAAAACCUACUGCAAAGUGCUUAAUAAGAAAAAAAAAAGUAUGGUAUCCUGUUUACCUGUGUUGUGCGGCAAUUCAAUGUGUUAUGCUACGAACAAAUAUAAACAGGCAGUGCAGUUCUCUCAUGUUGGCAGCUUUGCUAGGUGAAAGAGUGGUUGUCGGUCCGCCUCUUCCACUGCUUCAGUUCUGGGAUUGAGAAAUGCAUUUGAUCAGUGUUUGAUGUUUUUCGUCGAUGCUGGCACUGCAAAUACUGUAAUUCAUAUGCAUGAAUAUCGCUGGUCCUCUCUCUCUCUCUUUUUUUCAUUUCCGCAUUUAGAGGUGUGAUUAGCUUAAAACCACUGGCCGAUUGUGCUUCACAGAAAGCUAAUUUCUACUCGCCUUGAAGGAUGGUAAGGUAUGGGAGAGUGAGAACAGGGAGUGUUUGUGUGAUGUCAUGGACACCAUGUUGUCUUUACAGCUUACACAGAGCUGCUGGAAAUAAACAGAUAGGGAUAAUGCACAGCUUUUCAUUGUGCUACCUGUACAACAAAAUAGCGGCUGCAAUGAUUUCAAUGCAUGCUCUCCUAUACAAAUGUGCAUGAAGCACAGGUCUGUGAAGAAGAGAGUGUGCAACAAAUAAAGAAAAUGAGUGGCAGCCCAAUCAGCCUGUGCGGUUGCACCCAUAGGCAUGUGCAUGUGCAUGCACAUGUGGACACCCAGGCCAGUGUAGUGUGGUCCUGUUAAACAUUUAACAUAUUGCAAUGGGCAAUCCAUUAGUAAAGCCUGUACCUGUGUCUGGGGCCCUGAGCAUUCGUGGAUGUUUGUGCACAGGUAUGGCAUGACUGUAGCAUAUCGCAUAUAUGACACUGUUGUCAGAUGUUGAAAGCUCUGCCCUAGUGGUGCUGUAUUUGCACAAAUAUGGUAGAAUGGCACCAUUGCAUGUUUGUCAUUGUUUCAGGCACAAAGUGCUCAUUUUCAUUAGAAAGCUCGAGUUUGUGGCAUAACCUGAUUUUCCAGUCAGCAGUGCUCUCUGAACAAUGUUGACUGGUUUUGUGUGACGAGGGUUCCUCCUUUGCUCAAAGAGAAAUGCUAGUUAUGGUUGAUUUGUAAUGCUAAGAGGUUAUGUGUAUAGAGAGAUCAUUAAUCUGUUUCAUGUAUAGCUUGAUUGAUUGAUUUAAAAUCAAAGUAUUUAUGUGAAAGUGGAAGGAACCACACAUAAUUUUUUGUGUAGCUGUUUUUCAGACUUUUGUUUUAACAAAAUGAAUUAUAUGUAGGUACCUUUGUGUAUUGCAUCAUACUCAACCAGUGUCAUGCUACUUGCAUGUUAUGCAAGAAAUAAUUACUGUGCAGAGUUCCAAGGUCUUGCUGCCUUUGCUUGGCUGGAGUUUCAGAGGCAUUUCUGGAACAGUAAUUGACUGCCACCAAAAGUUUGGGGCAAGUUUCAUGUUGCCUUUUGACAUGUAUGAAUUUGAAGCAUUUGUACUGCCUCUACUUGCAGCUGACUCAAUCUCAAGACUCGUCACGUUCCAUUUCAUAAGUGUUCUAAUAUGUGGGGAGCCUCACCUGAGGUAUCUGAAUAUCCCUCAAUAUAGGCAGGAUAGGUGUUCAAGUGGUUUCCCCUGUUGCCGAAUGACUUGAGAAGCUCAAAAAUCAUAAUUUGAUGUCUCACUAUCAAAAAUAUCUCAAUUAGCCUUCUUCUAACUGGGUAAAAUGGGUGCUGCAUCUUAAUGUGAAAGAUUUAGUGCUCUCUGAGUGCACCCUAUACCCUUUUUUAGCUUUGGAAAAUAAUAAUGCUACUAGCUGCUUUUCAUGUGAACUCCGGAAUAUUUGAUUUACGCACUUGCAUAAAAGUGCAACUGCUAUGCUGCCCUCCCCCCUUAAAACAAAUAAAUAAAAAAAUAAAGAUGAACCUACCUGUCAGCAAUAGGAAAGGCUUAUGAUUAUCAUGACAUGGGAGGCAGUUAGCUUAGCCACUUGCUGCCUUUGAGGGAGAGCAUUAGUUGGCCACACUCAAAACCAGCAAGCCAUGGUGACGGCAGGAUUUUGCAUCAGUUUUCUCCUUCACCUUGGCGUGACAAAUACAGAGGAAUUUUUUGUGUCAAAAGUCGCUAUGCUCGUAGACAACUUUCUGUGACAUUGACGUGAAAGUAAUAAUCUAGAAAUGGUUUUGCAGUGUGCUCAGGUAGAGCUACAAAUAUCUGACAAUGAAAUACUAGCACAUAUCUUGCUCAGCUAAAAGGUUAAUUUGCACAUUUUUGCUAAAUACUGUAAAAUGCAAUAUGUAGUACACUCAAGACAGAGGUUCACAGGACGAUAGAGAUUUGAAGUAAUCAACAUUGUUUGAACUAUUAAUGACUCAAGCUAGAGCAAGCAUUUCGACUAGUAGACUUGUCUUCAUUAGUGUCUGUUGGUUACCUCGGUGCAUAUUACAAGGUUUUCUUCAACAUGCUGACAUGUAAAAUUUGCUUUGAGAAUUACUAUAUUUUGGCACCAUAGUUUCUUGGAUUUGUCUUAAAUGUUUCAAUAUUAAAACCAAAUGGUUUUGUUUUAUCAUAUGCUGAGCUUCUUUCCCUUUUCGUAACCCCAGAAAUGCUCCCCAACCCCCUCACUUGUGUUAUGUUCGGGUUCAAAUUAUACGCAUGGUUUUACUGUACUUAUCUAAAUGUGGAUGUUGCUAAUUUUUAAAUUCUUGGCAGUGUGCCUUGAGGCAUAUCGCAGUGUAUUACUGAAAUAGUAUCUCACCUACUCUAUCUUCAGGCAUUUCAGAUACCUCAGCUGGCAUAUGAAUUGCACUGUGAGGCAUCCUUUGCAUUGAUUUGGUAGCUUUUGGUAGCAAUGUUCACUGCCCAGUGUCCAUUUAUUUUCAAGUGUUUGAGGAAUCCAUUCUCAUGUAUAUCUGCACUCAUUGCUCUCAUAACGAUCAGUUUGUACACUGUGGUACUAUAACACUCCACUCCACAAAGAGUUGCUGAGUGAAUUUGCAGAGCAGCUGUUUCAACUCUGACAUUUAGGAACUUCUGGGGUCUACUCUUUCAUUGUUGAGUAUUAACACACUAAUACUCUGCUGGUUUAAAUGAUUGCACUGUUUUAGUGUCCAAGUUCACUUUGUGUACCCUGCUUUGGUCAGCAGGUUAUUAUUAAUUUGCCAUUGCUGAGCGGUGCAAACUAUCCAAGUGUGCUUGGAAUGGUUGCCUAAUAAGAAUUGUACAUUGUUGGAGGACUGUGUACUCGUGCAAUAAGUCUGUCCUAUCGAGGGCAGCAGUGCAGGCCUCUUAUUCAAGGCUUGCUGAAAUUAACAAACUGGCUUGGUCACAAUUCAGUUGAGAACGGAGGAUAAACACUUGCAAAAAGUUGUGAUACAGCUGGCGCCAAACGUAACCCAUGGAUAGCAGCCAAUGUGUAACAUGCAUUUGUAAGUUAUGUUGUGCUAAGACUAGCAACUUGCACACUUGUCCUCUUGCUUUAUAUAUAUAUGUAUACCCAUAUACAUAAGCUAGUGAGCUAGUCUACGAGUUGUGUGGCUGUGUGUCGACGGUAACUUGCAAAUUUGUUAAAGUGAUCUGUUGGAGAGCUUGUUGACAGGUGUAUGUUCCUUCUGCUCUCAGUCAUUGUUAAACUGCAAGAUAUUGGUGUGUGCAAGCUAUUGUCUUCUGUUUUUGUAGGUUGGUGCUAAUAUUUACCUUUUGUUCGAAUAUGAUGUUUGUAUGUUUGUGUGUUGCAUACUUUUGUAUAACCAGUUAUUGUUUUGAAAAAUUCUUAUUAUGUAUGAGCUUACAUGUCCCUAGAACUUCCUUCUUUUUCCUUCAUUACAGUACCUGUGUGCAUUGAAAACUGUUAUGCCCCUUUGCAGUGAUGUUUAUGAUAGGCAGUGCUUGUGGUGUUCACAACGAAACUUCAGUUAGUUAUGUGUAUUUUCAGCAUUUUUGUAUGCCUGAACGUAUGUACUCUUGUUUUCGGUUUCCAUUGAAGUUUCUGGGAAUUCUGCUUGACUGACGAUAAGAACAAUAUCCAUAAUGCAUCAACCAGUACAUGAAAACUUGGUAGCUGCUCGUUACAGCUGCAGUGAGUGAUGAACGUUCAUGACAUCUUAAUGAGCAGGAGCAACAGCAGAUAUAGGGGACCUAUUUGCAUUGACAAACGAGAGGAAUAUCAAUUUGUGAACUUAUAACCUUAGGUGACCAUGCUCUUUUUUGUUUGUUUGGCAACAGCUGUGAGGCUGUCAUUAUUGGUGUGCCCAUAUAUACCUAUGCGAGUGUUCGAUUGCAUGUGCUGGCAUUCUUGUCAAGCUGGUGCUUUUAGUACCAAAUUACAAGGCUACGAAGGCUGUGAUCCGAAACUGUGGCUGUGCUGACACUGUGCUCUGUUCUCACACUGGCUGCAGUGCACUUUGUACCCUUUUAAUGAAUAUAUAUGUUCGAAGAAACAUAUAUAUUUUUUUUGUGGAUAAUAAAGCAUGUUUCACUUAUUGCCCA